UUACAGCCCACAGGGAGCACAGGACUCCAGUCAAACAAAGGGAAUGUGUGCUCGAUGACUGCACCGUGUGCGUGGCCCAGGAGAAGGUGCUGGAAAAGACCCGGGUGAACCAGUUGGGUCGUCAGUAAAAGGCUCUGAGAUCCUGUCGAUCGGUGCUUUCUCACGUGAGCACAUCUUAAACAGACGACGUACGUGUUGACAUCAUUAUGCAAGAAUAAACAUAACCAGCCCUGAUAAGUUUCAUGUUUAACGCCCUUGUUCCGAUACGUUCUCGUUACCAUGGAGACAACUCAGGUAUUAAGUCAAAUGCGGUAGGUAUUGAAUCCGAUUCAGUUCGCUCUGAAUGGAAUGCUGUAGAUACCUAAGAUAUCUAAUGCUGUGAGUACUAAAUGGGAUGUUUUAGGUACUAAAUAAAACGCUGUAGGUACUGAAUCGAGUGCUGGUCGAGUUCAUUUUAAAUACACUUGAGCAGUUUCCAAAUCAACAUCACAUCGCUGUAAAAAUGAGUAAGACUGUGUUUAAAAAAAAAUGGGAAGUGAAAGUGAAAUUGUCAUGCUGCUUUCCAAAAUGUGCAAAAUACGGUGAAAAAUGCGGAUGUAUCACAGUUCUGGAGCAGAUCCGGAGUGUGUGAAACAGUAGACACUAUCUGUGUGUGUGUGUGUGUGUGUGUGUGUGUGUGUGUGUUGUUUGCUCAGGCUUCAGCUUGCCAUGCACUUACUCACCCUGCUCUCCAGUUACUGAGCAAAGAGCGCAUUAAAGCCAGAGAGUUAAGACUGCAUUAAAGGCGAAUGAUGCCAGGCUCAGAUCCUCUCAAGUGCUUAGAGAAAGAGAGAGAGAGAGAGAGAGAGAGAGAGAGAGAGAGAGAGAGAGAGAGAGAGAGAGAGACAGAGAGGAGGAAAGGAAGAAAGGCCAGUGCUGUUGAAAUAUUGAUGAGGUGAAAACAGCUGUGCCACAGCCAGUAAACUGCUUCUCUCCACAUCUUGUCCUUCCUCACAGGAACAGACCCAUCACUUACCAUCAGCCCCAACACACUGCUGAGGCUCGUUUAUGAUACCAGUCGAUUGAGCUGGAUGUUUAUAAUGCAUUCCAGAGUGAUCAGAAGCUGAUACAGGAGCUUGAGUAGAGCCUCGCUGAUCUACAGGAGGGCUGCGUGCUUCUGCUGUUACACAACGUGGAUUAAAUCAUCAUCAUCAUCAUCAGCAGCAGCAGCAGAAGCAUGAGUAACAGGAUCUUCUAGCAGGCUGAAGCACCACAGCGUAUGCUGGGACAAAGCCAUCUUCUCUCUGAAGAGCUUUAAAUAGUGUAAAAGGAAAUAAAGGAGAAGUAUUCCGACACUAAAAGCACACACGUGGGAAUAUUCCUGGGUGCUUCUGGAUGCACAACCUUCUCCGUGUAGCGUCUCCACGUCCUACAGCUUCGACCUCGUCCCUGAUGUUCCAGGAAAAGAAGAUAAAACAGACACGUCGGGCGUCAGACUGUCUCUAUAGAGCUGGACUGGAUGUGUGAGAGAAAUAUCUCACCUCUACUGCAAACCUGGAUCAAACACAUUCCUGCUGAGUCCAACACAUACACACUCACACACACACUCACACACACUCACACACACUCACACACUCACACAGUCACUCACACACACACUCACACACACAGUCACUCACACACACACAGUCACUCACACACACACUCACACACACUCACACACACUCACACACUCACACAGUCACUCACACACACUCACACACUCACACACAAACACACUCACACACUUACACAGUCACUCACACACACACUCACACACACAGUCACUCACACACACUCACACACUCACACAGUCACUCACACACACACACACUCACACACACACACACACUCACACACUUACACAGUCACUCACACACACACACACACUCACACACACACAGACACACACACAAAAACACACACACACACUCACACACACACACACACACUCACACACACACUCACACACACUCACACACACACACACUCACACACACAAACACACUCACACACUUACACAGUCACUCACACACACACACUCACACACACACACACUCACACAGACACACACGCUUACACACAUACACACACGCACAUUCACACAGACACACACUCGCAUGCACACACACACUCACACACACUUAGACAGUCACACACACACACACACUCACACACACACAAACUCACACACACACACUCACACACAGUCACUCACACACACACACACACACACACACACACACACACACACACACACACACACACACACACUCACACACAAACACACACACACUCACACACUCACACACACACAUGCACACACACAGACACACACAACAUGCUUUUCCGCUUCUUGCUGGACAAGUUUCCAUCAUGGUGCAGACUUUCAUGUAGUGUAAAGAACAGAUGAGUUAUCUGCUUGUCCAGAUGUUCAACAUUCAGCAGAACCUUCUAAAAGUAUUGAAGAACACGUCCUGCUGGAGAAACCUUCAUCAUAAUUCAGUAGUUUUUUAGAAAAGGUUUGAGAAAGUUUUUUUUCCUCACACAAGACCUUUUUAUUUUAUUUAUUAUUUAUUUUUUUAAUAGCACUUAGAGAAAUCAAGCGUGAGUCGAGGAACAAGUGGAAAAAAGGACGAAGUUCUGGAGGAAUAAAAUGUCUGGAGAAAGUCACUUCAUCCAACUUUGUUUAAUAAAAACAACACGGCUUGUAUUCUGGGAUGUUCACUAUUGCGUGUGAUGUAACAUCUCAGACAGGUACAGUCGAGUCACACACACACACACAUACACAUACGCUUCUCUUCAUGUUCUUGCUUUUUUUCUAUCUGAAGCUUCCUGGAACAACUGAGAAGAAAAACAAACAUGGAGGAUAAAGUGGUGAGGGAGAAUAAGAGGGACUCGAGAUUUCAUUGCCAAUUUUCACACACACACACACACACACACACACACACACACACACACACACACACACACACACUAAUACUUCUUGUAUUUACACGUCAACAAUGAGCAGCUCUUUUACUCAUGACUACUUGAGUUUUUUGGGUAACAAAAUAAAUCAAAUCAUACUCAGCUAGUUAGUUAGCUGAUACUAGUUAGGGUUGGUUAGAGAACACUUAUGUUUUACAGUGUGAGCCAUUUUUUUUAAUUAAAAGCACAAGGAAACAUCCAGAGAACCCCAGAGGAACUCAUGAGGAACAUCAUUGUUUCCUAGGAACAUAGGAGAAGCUGCAAGGGUAGAUUUUUUUUUUUUUUUUUUUUUUUUUUUUAAAGAAUUAAUGAAUGUUUAUUUUUGGUUUUUUUUUUUGGUCAGUUUUUUUAAUUAAUCACUAAGGACAAAGGUCAUUCAAACACAAACAGCAUGGAGGCUCUACGGCCUUCAGCUUCACCACUGGUGCUUUCACAGCCCUGGUACAUUUCAGAUGCUUACAUCUCCCCCAUCAACACUUAGGGCUCGAAAUAAAACUGGGCGAGAUCCGUGUCGUGAUUUCCGGAAGAAGCGCCCUAUUAAAGUACAGGCAAAAGGAUGGAGGGAGGGGAGGACGAGGGGAUGAGUGAUUCAUCCCGUUCCGUAGGCAGUUUAUUUUGGUAUCAUUGAGACAACGAACUUCAGGGGGGAAGUCGAGGAGAGUUGGAGAGAUGAAGAGCAAACGCAUAUCACGGCUGGAGGAGGACGAGGCCUGUGACGUCAGCGGUGAUGCAAACAGAAAUCUCCAGCGUUCACUGAAACAUCGGUGGUGAUGUAAAUAGGACAGGACGUGGGAUAAAAAAAAAAACAAUGAGGAUCCUAAACACCCACAAAUACUUAGACAUCACUUACCUCAUGCAGGUUUCCUCCCCAGACUCCCACAACACUUUACCACUGGCUCGCAAACGGAAGCAGAGCUUUGGCUCGGAUCUCGGAUCGGACCCGAGAGUGACGUCAAAGAGACGAGAGUCACAGAGACCAAUUUAUUUAUACUGUAUCUGUCAUAUUACUCACACAUUCUGUAGUGCUGAUAUUUAUAUAACAGGUUUAUACUCCACCAAUGAGAACUGUGACUCUCUACAGAACAUGUGGUAGCCUAAUGGUUAAGGUGUUGGGUUACCAAUUGGAAGGUUGUGAGUUCGAUCCCGGGUCCACCAAGCUGCCACUGUUGGGCCCCUGAGCAAGGCCCUUAACCUUCAAUUGCUCAGCUGUAUAAAAAUGAGAUAAUGUAAGUCGCUCUGGACCUAAGGGUGUCUGCCAAAUGAUGUAAAUGUAAACAAAUGUGAACAGAAACUUAUGAGACGUUUACAAUCAUAAACAAAUAAACGUCUGAUGGUGA